GUGAAAAGAAAGAAAAGAAAGGUUUAUAUAUUUGGGAUUCUGUGGUUUACCUAACAGACGCCGCAUCUCCUUCGACCCAGAUACAAAAUUGCCCUUCCUUUGGUGCAGACUAAGAGAACAAAGAAGACAGGCAUUGUCGUGAAAUAUUUGCAUUUUGCAUAGGUAGUGAGAUCAUUUGGGGCCGUUAGCUGAAAGUUGAGUCGAGAUCAUUGUCUGUGGAGAGAUACCCAAAACACUAAAACCACAUCGUCUGUUCUGUCUCUGUUCCUGUUCCUCUUCAGAUUUUGCAGCAAAUGGGCAAGAAAAAGUCUGACUCAAAGUCCGGCCUCAGGUUCCAGAAGAAGAUCCAAUUUUAUUCCAAGGUGAAAGCUGUUGUCUCCGUGAGGGCCCCCCUAAAGUCUAUUUUGAGGAAAAAGAGCAAAGUACAAAGACGGCAAAAGAAAUUGGAGGCAUAUAACCUAUCUUCACUUUUAGAGGCCCUUCCUGAGGUGAAACCAUCAAAGAAAACAGGUCAUGAGAAUGACUCGAAACUUAAUUGUAAAUCAAGGCAGACGUUGGUGUUGAGGGAAAGAGAUCGAUUUUCUGCUGUUUUUAAGGAUCCUAACUUUCAAGCAGAUCCCCUGUCAUCCAUUCAGCAUUAUUUACAGAAGACACAACCAGUUGUAGAGGAACAGCCUAAGAAAAAAGCGAACAAAAAUGGAUCCAGAAAGAAGAAUAAAUCAAAGGCUCUGACUGGACUACAAUCUAUGGAAAUUUAGUCAUUGUGUGGCUCCUAUAGUUAUCUGUUUUUUUGGAAGGUCUUUUCAUAAUCAUAUUACUUAUGUGAAACGUUAGGUACUCGAAUUAUGAAUAAAAAAUCAAUGGCUAUUGUGAUUAGUCACUAUUUUGAUAUUA